GGACCAGGGCGAUACAUCCCAGGGAUCUUCUCACCUGACAGGUCUAGGUUUUGACAAGCGUGUGAGAUAAGAUAUGACGAUUCAUUGUAGUAAACAUUGCACCUAGACCAGGUAACACAUGUCGGGGACUGAAUAUGCUGUUAUAAUUAGCACACAAUGACCAGCGUAAAGAGACGAAAGAUAACCCGACUUCUAACAAAAGAGACUGAAAUGGAGAAUGUAAAAAUGACUGUGAAGAUGGUAUGACCUUAGAUAGACACUACACAACAUGGAAACGUUUUCGAAGGAGGAAAUGAACAGUGCACUGCUUGGAAUGUACGUGGGGACGAGGGGUCCUAAGACGUUACGGAAAUGUAUCACAGAUAAGUUGUUUACUUAUCAAAUGUGGAGGAAUGAAGAAUCAAUACGUGAACGACUGGAUGCCGAAAUGGUUCUUCUGGUUUUCCCGGAGAGUAAACCGGUCCCUUCAUUAGACGAACUUGAUGAUAUUGUAAUUCAAGAUAUAAGUUCGUUGGCGUUUGCAUUGUCCAAAAACGAACAAGAUAUUUCAAAGUUACGGAAUUCAAUCCAAGGCAUGUUAGAAGGUCCAAUCUUUUAUAAAUAUUUGCAGUCUAGAGAACAACAAUUUCGUAGAAAGAAUAGCAGUGCAAAAUUACUGAGUAGGAUCCAGUUUGCCAAACUUUACCCCGAGAAUGAGAAAUCAAAUAUAUACGAGUUGGACAUUUCCCUACUGUGUUUUAUAUUGUUUGAGGGAAUGGGAUUUAGGCCAAUAUCAGAUUGUGAUAAACUUCCGUUGGAAAGUGUGAUAACCGAAGCAGACGACAUGCUACGGAUUAAGAUAUGCAGAAACAUUCUCGUCUAUCAAAGUAAUGCUGAAAUGAGUGACGAAGAAUUUAAUAACUAUUGGGAAUGUCUAACGGGAGCGUUCGAACGAUUACUAAAGAGCACAAGUGUGCGACGGGAAAGUGAGAGACUCAAGUCGUUGCGACUUCCUGAUGAAAAGAUGGUCCAGUUUAAAGCAAUGGUACAGGGAUGGCGAGACGAUGAGCAAGACGAACGGAUAGAACAUCAAGAACAAGAGUUAGGUACUGUGACAAACACCGACUCGCAUACAUAUAGUGUUAUUAAAGCUAACGGAACAAACAUAGUUGACAACCUGAACGAGAAGCACGAGGAACUGGCCAGCUUGUUCAAGAAAAACAGUUCAAAGCGUCGAAAAGUUCAAAAUAAAGAGCUCAAAAAGUCGUUUCCGUUACGGGUGCAUGGUUACGACAAAUUCAAACAGGUGUGUCACAUCAUGCAUGAAGUAGGUAUCAAAUACACACUUCCUAUCACUUCAACCACAGACACAACGCUAAAAAGUGAUAGCUCAUCAAGCCCUAAAAAUUCCGACCGUGGAGUUCUGCAAUUCGAGGUGGACAGUGAAGAUGCUCCUGAUAAAACGUCUCUUAAUCUUCGCCGAUCUAGGAGCUUACCGCGCUAUAGACCGAAACAAUGUGAUGAUAACUCUUGUCGAGCCAGCGAUACAACCAGCAACCUGAAUAGCUCUGUAGACAGUGCGAAAGACCAUAGCAAGGUAGCGGAUACCAGACCACAAAGACAGUGGAAACGGAAUCUUAGUGAAAAGUGUAGGAGCUCUCCUGGAAACAGAUCUCCCAGAUCCGGAAACUCUAUACGUAUGGGUGUCAGGUCAUUUGAUGAAGUAAAAUUGACGGUUUGUAAUUCGACAACCAAUCCAGAAGUUACCGAUGUUGAACACGACUGUACUGAUGAAUAUUUAACACGGCAAUUGGAUCCUUUAUAUGGAACCGGAUCACACGGCCGAAUAUUAUCAGACCAGCUUAUGGAGAGCACUGAAGAUGUCGGGGAUCCCACUGGAUACUUUCUUUCUCUACAAAGACGAGACGAAUAUAUACACUCCCCCACAGAGACACAACAUAUGCCUGGGAAUACAUACGGAAACGUAUUUCAGAUAAUACAGACGCGUACGAAAAACUCGCCGACAGAUACGUGUCUAUCUAAUCUAGAGGAAGAGGAGGACAACACAUCACUUAGUGCAACAUCCGGGGAAUACGUUCUGGAGGAGGAGGGCGACGAGAACUCGACAAAACGUGUUCCGGUGAUCGGAGAAAACGUUAGAUUGUCCUCAAUCAAGAGCGGUAUGUAUAGUGAGGAUUCUACUGGUUACAACACCGACCUCCUCACACUCAAUAGUUCAGUGGACGGCAACACGUCAUCCGACACCCUGCUAUUCCAGCCGGUCAGACUUCCAACCGCUCACACAUCACCUACGUGUGGUAUUCACGGAACAUGGGCACCGCUUGCGAAAGGAAAAGGAGAGCAAGUCUUUCAUCUCUCAAUAAGUCCCCGUGCCCACCCGAACGCAACAGACGAUGGUUACGCUUCCAAUGGAUAUUUCAGUUCUUUAGACAGGGACUCCUCAACAACGCCAGACCAAUUCCGAAUGAUAACCUUACAGAACACGGUCCAUGACAAUACGACAGAACCGUUUGUAUACAGGGAGGAUCCAAACAGUCAAGAAGAAGCACACAACAAGGAGUUAAAUUCGAACACAGAAGCCGAAACUUUGCUAGAUCGCACUGUCUCAAAGAAACAAAAAGGGUUUUCAAUUAGCAAUUGCUUCAAAAGUUGUUUAUUUUGUGGGGUGGAAGUACCGGAUACGGACCAGGAAAAGUCAAUCAUUGUCAGCGACAACUACAGACAGAGAAGAGAAUCAGAACGCCAUUUACUGAGUUCCUGUAAUUCGACCGCUUCAACAGAUGUAUCAGGACAGGUGGACAGUAUUCAGUUAUCAGAAUCUCAGCACACCGACAGAGGAUUACGAAUUGGAUACUAUACUGACAAUAGAAGCGACGAAUUAGAGGAGAUAUUUGUGUGAAGAUCGAGAUAAUGAGGUUAUAGAAAACCGGGAGUACCUCAAUACCUACAAUAUAGAUCUGCUUGCAUCUGUAUGUGAUCUAUAUUUUAGGAAGAAUUUUCAGGACGAGCGAAAAUCCCCAUCUGUGACUGAUCCAGGAUGUCUUAUAAUAUUAUUUUUGUACCAUGUCAAACAUAUCUUCUUUUUCUUUGUUCAGGAUGAUUUUGUCUUAGUAUUUUUUUUCAAUCGGCAAAUGCUGGGAAAAAUACAGCAGCCAUCAAAUAAUUGAAAAAAAUAGAUUCAAAUGCAUUUCAACUCUGUCAAUAAAACAGUAAUUGAAUGCAAGAGUGAAGGCGACAAAAUGCAUUAAGAUAUAUAAUUUUUUUUAUUUUGUGCUUAAUACUGAAAUCUCGUUUUCAAAUACUGGAUUGAUGCUGUUGCUGCAGUUUUAUUAACCUCUCCAGCUAAGUUAACGUUAUGCUUUAUGCAACAGGACGCAGCUUUCCAUAAAAUCAUCAUGGUUAACAUAUGUUCUGAGUUAGUAAACAAAGCCAUUAAAAUGUAAUCACUGGUUUCAGUAGUAUGGUGCCAAAGGGAAAAUGAAAGUAAUGGUCUGAUUUAAUAAUAUUCAGUUAGUCAUCAGACUAUUUACAUCCUAAUAAACUGAAAUAUCAAUUGACAAAAUUGAGCCAAACUUUCAUAGACCAAUCAUUUGUAUUUCAUUACAAUUAAUAUGUAUUGCGGAAUAACCCGCAAUUCACGUUAUAAAAUUGGGUGCAGAUACUGCUUAUUUCUGUUUAGAUAAGAAAUCUGGUACUUGCAUGUAUUAACGAAAAAAGUUUGGAGCAUGACGCUUUUUUUUAAAAAUAUAAAACACAUGACACAUUACUGAGUUAUCUCCCUUGUCUGUAAGCUCUUACCGGUUUCAACAAGAAGAUAAAAUCAAUUUGGCAUUGGAACAAAUUAGCCCAAUUAAGUAUCAGAAUUUGUUUGUUAGCUCAAAACCCACCCAUAUCCCACCCCUUGUUUGGUACUUUGCUGCUGUCUUUUUCUUAUUCUGUAUUGCAGACAAUAAUUAUUGGACAACUUUGAUGUCUUUCCAUGAGCGCCUGUUUCCACAUUAAAUGGCUGUGAUCCUUUGGCACUUUCCUGUUGUAACAUGAAGUGUGGAACAAAUGAUGCCAACCUUAAGGAAUUCAUGUAUUCGCUGUGUAUUAUACAGGACUUACCGGUAUUUUGGCAUAGUUCGCGGUACAAGUUACUUUAGGUAGGUUUUAUUGAACUUUUGCUAUAAAUCUUUGGAGAGCUGCUGCCAAGUAUACAGUUUAUCAACUGAUUUGUCUAAUUUACAAUAUUUUGGACAUGUUAUUCAUUGUGAACAUUGUUCUGCUGAUCUGUUUCUAUAUUGAAUGCAGUUGCAGCUGCAUAUUGAUUUGUUAAAUAUUGAUUUCAAUGAUUUGGCAUCUUGGCACCCAGAAUCUGUUAAAUAUUGAUUAUUUGAAAACUAUUGAUUAACGGGGAGUUGUCACCCAUGAACCGUUGAUUGAUUUGAUUACUUGAUUUUUCAUUGAAUUUGCUUUAUAAUUAACGGGAGCUGUACACCCAGAAACCGUUAAGUAUCAUUGUUUGUAUUAUUGAUUUGUGGCAUGUCAUUUAUACCCAUGCUGGGACGACUACCAUUUCUAGUAAAGUUGUGACUAAUAAAUCCAAUCAAACCUA